GGGCGGACGGCGGCGGGCGCCACGUCGGCAGCGAGGACGGGCGGAGGAGUAAAGUCUGAGCCGACCCGGGCGGGCCGAGCGAGCUGUGAGUGCCGUGCGGUGUAUGCAGAAUACUUUCGUGGAAACAAUUGACUAGUAAUCUUCACAAAGAAAUAUAUUUGGCAAUAAUGAAUCAAAUGGACAAAAAUCAACAGGAAGUCCCAUCCAACAUUCAUGAUGAACCACCAGAAGGGUCACUCAAAGAUCACCCACAGCAGCAGGCUGGCAUACUUUCUCGUGUGACUGGUGGCCUCUUCAGUGUCACAAAGGGAGCUGUUGGUGCCACGAUUGGAGGUGUUGCUUGGAUUGGAGGGAAGAGCUUGGAAAUUACCAAAACAGCGGUCACAUCUGUGCCUUCCGUGGGAGUGGGUCUAGUCAAAGGAAGUGUUUCUGCUGUAGCUGGAGGCGUUACAGCUGUAGGAUCUGCUGUUGCAAGUAAAGUGCCUUUAACAGGAAAGAAAAAGGACAAGUCUGACUAAAACCAAAACUGAGACAUACUCAGUUCUCCAGAAUAUUGCAUCGGUGGCAUUAAAAUCUGCUAAGAUUGGGACCAUGAGAAGCCAUGUGUCUUAGACACUUCAUCUUCUAAUGAGUUGUGCAAGUAACUCAGUUUCAUCUGAAAAGGACAGAAGCAUGGCUAGCACAGCUUAUGAGGAUUUAUUAGAGCAUAGAUUGAAGCUUUGUAUCUGGUGAAAUGUUACACUUGAUAACUAUAGAAGUGAGUGUAUCUGAAGGAAUAAUACAUAUUUGAAGUCAUUUACUGUACAUCUUCUGCAGUUUUGGACUAAAAUGUGAAUGUAGAAAUUCAGUAGUCUCUGUGAUGCCAUUGAUACAACAAGAUGACAAUUAUUGUUCUCAGUGGUUUCCACAUCUUCCUGCUAAGUAUCCUUCAGCUGUGUGAAAGCACUGUUGGACAUACCCAGUCUUGGUUCUGAACCUGUACUUGCAGGCAGCCUGUAAACUAUCCCUGACUGCAUUCUGACAGUGAAGACUGGAGCAAAGAGACUGGAGGUGUGCAGAAUUUGGAAAUGAGAAUGGGAGAUAGAUAGAAGUGAAAAAGUUUAACAAAUGUGGUAGAAAGGAUCAUAAAGACUAAACUAACUUAAUGCCUUAUUAGAAGAAAAUCUCUUUUUACUAGGUGAAGCUGUGUAAAGAACUGUCCUGUUGUUACAGUGCAGUUUACAGAAUGAGCUUUAGGCUCUUCAUAAAUCCUGAUCUCUGAAACUUUCUCAGUUUUUACUGAAAACGUGAUUGCUUCAUCUCAGGUGUAUUUAAUAAUAUGCAUCUAUCUCCUGCAAGUGAGAACUUGCUUCUAAUAAAGUUCUUAUAAACACUAGAAAAAAAUUACAGCCUGUGGAAAAUGGGCUGAUGUUUGUGGUCAUCUAACACAGCUGUCUAACUUGCUAGGAAUUCUUGAGUAGCUGGAAACCACUGAAGAACUAGCAAAGCUGUUCUCUCAACUCCGUGAUACACCAGGUUAGCUUUUUGCUCUGUUUAAGCAAAUGCAAGGAAAUUUUCACUACAUUUCUUGUACUUUUCACCUUGAUUUUUGAGUAAAAUGCAAUACUUGUAUUUAAAACAAACCAAAAACAGUAGAUGAGGCCUUAAAAAAAAGGCAACAUGAUUCAAGUAAUACGUAUACUGAUUCCAAAUGUUUACACUUCUGCAGCGUGUGAGGCAAAAUGCACUUGUAAUGACACAGCAUGAGGUUGCCUUAAAAUAGAAACCAUUUGUGAUCUUUUA